AUGGACGCCCAAGCCUACCUAAUGCGCCAUGGCUGGUCUGGUCCCGGCAACCCUCUAAACCCCAACCGUCGACCCGGCCAACACGGCGGCCUAGGUCUAACGCGCCCUCUCCUCGUCUCGCGGCGCGAAAAUAAAAUCGGUAUUGGGAAAACCUCCACAAAGGAUCCUACGAAUCAAUGGUGGCUACGCGGGUUUGAGGAGGCGCUUAGGGGGGUGGGGAAGACUGCUGGGGAUGAAGGGGGGUUGGCGAGGGAGGAGAAUACAUUGACGAGGAAUGGGAGCCAGUUGUAUAAGUUUUUUGUGAGGGGGGAGGUUAUUCCUGGUACUUUGCUGGAUAAGAAGAAGGAGGUUGUUGUGGAAGUUAAGGAGAACAUGUCGCCGAACAAUGAAGGGAAGAAAGACAAGAAGAGGAAACGAGACCGGGAAGAGGGUGAUGUGAGCAAAAAGUUGAGAAAGGAGAAGAAAAAGAGCAAGAAGCAGAAAACGGAUCGCUCCGAAAGCUCGACCCCCACAGACCAAGACUCGGACUCGCACAAAGUCAAGAAGAAGGAAAAGAAAUCGAAAAAGGAUAAAGCUGUCGACAGUGAGGUGCCGACUACAGACGAAGUUGGCAGUGCUCAGUCAACAGAUUCGAAAGAACGAAAACGAAAGAAAAAGCGCGCUGAAGAAGAUGAUCAAGAUUCUGAUGUGGAUAAGAAAGCAGAGAAGCAGAAGAAGAAAAAAGCUAGACGAUCAGAAGACGAUGAACAAUCUACGCCUGACUCAUCUGUGGAGGACUCGACUGUCGCAAUACCAAUCGAGAUAGAGACCAAGAAGAAAAAAUCGAAAUCAAAGGACAAGAGAGAUAAGAAGGACAGGAAGGACAAGAAAGAUAAAGAGAAGAAGAAACGAAAAGAUAAUGCCAGCUAA